GUGGUUAGAUAUUAUGUUAUAUUUACCCGAUGAUGAUGAAGGACUUGAUAUAAGAAAGAAAUUUUUGGAUGCAGAUAAUGCAAUUCAAACAUUUCCGAUUGUCCCACCAAAACACCCGGAUUCUAUGUACACCAGAAAAGCUAUUAAUACACAAGAAAUAAAAGACUUUAUAGGUGAUAAUUUG